UUCGCCCCUUGUGUUCUGUUCAGUUGUCGUUUGUUUCAUAUCGAAGUUACAAAUAUUUCUGGGUUUUCGUAAAAAAGUUUUAAUCAAAAUAAAUUUAAUUCGAAAAUAUUGUUAAAAAAGCAAAAGAAAGUAAACUAACAACUAUCGUAUCCUUUAUCCUUUUAGGGAGAAUUUGCAUAACUAUUGGUGAUAUUGUGAAGAAGUUUGUCAAUUGAAAUGGAUCGCGUUUAUGGCAACAUUGAGAACAAGUUCAAGUACUUAAGCAAGGCUGAGGGCAAGGGCAUGGCUCUGAAGCUUUUUGGAUUCUACGCCGUGGGCUAUACUCUGCGCAGGCUGAUGAAGUAAACACCGGCGAUGCGGAAGCAGCUACAACCACGAAACCACAAGUUAAUCAGACAGGAUGCCCUUUCCAUACACAAAUUCCAAAGUCCUAUUUGAAAUGAAUGUGAAUAAAGUUGUCUGGCCUUACCUCUAA